AUGACAUCAGAAGAGGUACUGCAGCAUGGCCAUGGGCAGACAUCUACAACAGGUGAGUCAUCAAGCAAAUCACCAUUCAUGUUGAAUUCAGCCUCUUCAAUUGAAGAAAAAUUUCCAAUGUGGGUCAAUAUAUUCCAAAAUUCCGAGGCCUAUCCUAUAACUCAGAGCUUGCUGAUUGCUUUAUUCUUUUACCAGGUGUUAAUCAUGUCAGCAUGGCCUUGGCAACCAUAUUGGGAAAAAGUUAACCAUAAUAAAUCAAUCUAUUGGCUGAAACGCAUUGCAUUUUGGAAGUCAGACGAUUCAAAAGAUUAUAAUUAUGCCAUUAUUAUUGGAAUUCUCUUUGUUUUGAAUGUUUUAUCAUUGGUUAUCACCAAAGUACAGACUUUAUAUUACAAAUAUCAACGCAAAUUCAUCAAUUCCUUUAAUACGCCAUUCAAAUUCUAUUUUGACGCAUUUUCAGUUGCUGUUUUAUUCGUUAAUUUAAUUGCAACAGGCGAAUUGUUCUUGAAAAUUGCGGCAGGAUCAAAACGACCAUUAAUAAUAAUAUCAUUCAUCGGAGGUGUACUUAAUGAACUUUAUUUACUGUCUUGCUUCCUUAUUGUUCAACAUUUAGAAUCAACUUCACUCUUCAUCAAACAAUCAAUGCUUUUAAGUUUCGAUUCAACGCACAUUGUUGUUCUUGCGAUUGCUUUGCAUGUUGCGACGAUUCUAUACUUCAUUCUUUACUACUUUGAGAACUGGUCGACACUUAUUGCAAUUGCAGGAAAUUGUGGAGUUUAUUUUUACAUCAUUUACAAAGUUUUGAGAGAUAUCUUUUUCGUGAAUGCUUUUAUAAAUUGCAGCGCAUUAGGAUUUGCAUGCGGAAAUCUUUACACAAAUGUAAUGAUGAUUAUUGUUCAUUUCUUUCCUCAAAUUCAUUAUAGAUUCAUCGUCUAUGGAGCACCGUUUAUCAUCAUUGUUUUUACUGUAAUUUCUUCGAUUUUCUUGUUCAUAAGAAUACAUAAAAUCAAAAAAGCAAUGAGCUUGACAUUCCUUGAUCAAGAAAAAGCAAAUGAAUAUUAUGAUGAGUUACAACUUGACAAGAAUGAAUCGAAAGCAUUACUUUACCUAAGAUUAUCUUUUAGAUACGCUUGUCCUUGCUUUUACAACAUGACAUUAAUAAAUUAUAUAGCUGCACGUUAUCAAACUGAGAGAGCAUUAACAUUAUGUAUUUUAUGCAUUGCUUUCUUUCCAUGUGAAACAAGUUUACAAAAUAGAUUUGAAAAACAAUUAAAACAAAACAGAAAACUUCAUUUCAAAUCAAAAUUUUUACUAUUUCAAACAGCAAUGAUUAGAUCAUUGAGGCAUUUCACAGAGAGUACACAAACAAAACUGAAACUACUCGAACUGAAGAAUCUUACAAGACAAAGUGAAGUUUUGGCAAAAUUUGGAAUUGAUGGAGAGUUUGACCAUCAAUAUUUAGAACAUUUAGCAUCAAUGUGUUCUAGAACAAGAGCAUUAUGGAAUGAAGCAUUAAAUAACUUUCCGAACAGUGCAAAAAUGUGUGAAGAAUACACGAAGUAUUUGUUGGAAGUUGAAUGCCAUUUUCAUGAAACAAUUUUCAUUAAAAACAAGCAAAUGCUUAUUGAAUCUGGAAAAUAUAAUGUAUCAGAUAAAUGUUUUAAGUCAUUUGUAAAGAUAUUUCCGCAGUAUCUUAAAAACAAGAUAAUAAAUACAAGAGGAAAGAUUAUAAAGAGUUCAGUUAAUGAUAAAAAUAACAAACAACACGGAGAAUCAUCAAAGAAUUCAACUAACUCAAGCAGAAUAAUACAUGCAUCAGAAGAAAUUGAACUAGAUUCAGAUACAGAAGAAUACAUUGCAAGAAACAUAAUGAGAAUGCCUAGAACGAGAUUAGCUUUACAUAGAUUACUUGAGAAUAGAUUACCAUUCUCUAUUAAUAUGAUCAAAUACAUAACUAUUUUUAUUUUGUUUUAUUUGAUAGCAGCGUCACUUGCAGUUUAUUUAAUUUAUAUCAAUCUAAUUCGACAUCAUAUCCAUGAGAUGACGCAUCUUAGAUAUCUUGCAAAAACAAGAUACUACAUUGCUUUAUCAAAUGUCUGCAUUUUCAGUCAAUAUUUUAAGGAGCAUGGAAAGAUUACAUAUUAUCUAAAUAAGUUUUCUGAAUUCAAGAACAUAUCUGUUCAUACUAAUCCAGUUGUUAAUUUUGAAGUUGACAGAUUUACAGACCAAAUUUUGAACUUUUCGUCAGAGGCUACAUCAAAUUUCAACACUCUUCUCCAUCAUGUAUCAGAUGCAGACGAUAAAGGAGAUAAUUAUCAAGAAAUGUUGAAGAUUCUUUUUAAACCAUCAUCACAAUUAACAAUAUUUGAACAAUAUUGUGCAGUUAAUCAAACAUCAACAACAUCUUUGGCAUCAAUUGUUUCCCUAUCAGUUGUAAAUCAAAGAAGAAUCGCAGGAAUGCCAAUGCUUUUCUAUUUAAAUUAUGAACCAGAUGCUUGUGAAAUUGCAAAUAAUUUCAUGAGUUUGUUAACACAAUCAACAAAUCUUUAUGAUGAUUUCAGCUUAAACCAAAAGAAUGGAGCUGAAAAAAUCAAGUUUGUUCUGAAAGUUGCUGUAAUAACAAUCAUUGUUGUGACAUUAACAGGAAUCUUUAUCCCUACAAUUGUAAUUCAUAUAAUGACAGUCAAAGACGAAAAGAACUUAAAAACUAUAAUUAAAUCAUUUUCACUAGAAGCAAAAAGUGAAGCUAAAGAGUCAAUCUCUGUUGAAAAAAGAGAUGAUUCGAUGUCUUAUGGAGAUAUGCUAAAGAGAACAAGUAAGAAUGCAAUGAUUUUAUUUGCUUUAACUGUCUGGGCAUUUUGUUAUAUCGGUGUAAUUAUGAUAUCAGUUAUAUCUGCUCAUGGAACAACAAAUAAUCUUAUUAAAUUGGAUGAAUGGAAUGAACAUGCUGCAAAUAGAUUAUCUUUAUCAGCUGAAUCAUUGAAUGCUCUUGCAAAUAUUAUUAUAAUGAAAGAAGUUCCAGAUACAUAUCAUUCAAUAGAAUUUCAUAUACAAUUCAUUAAAUUGGCAGGAUUUCUAAUGCAGCUACUUACAAAUGCUGAUUUUGCGUUGAUUAAUGGAACAAAUACUUCAUCUCCUUGUUUAUAUUUUGACCCAAUUUUAGAUGAACUGAAUAUAAAGAAUGAAGAAAUGCCAGAUGAUAUUGAAAAUCAACCAGAAUAUUAUCAGUAUUUAUGCAUUCACAAUAUGCUAUCAAUUUAUAACAAAUAUGUUAUGAAUAUAAUCACUGAUAUGAUGUACUUCAGGAAUUUCGAUAGAGAAGAAGCUGCAAAUGCAUUAUUCUUAAUGAAUUAUCAUAUGUUUAACAAGAUAAUGAAUUGCUCAGAUCGAAUAAUUGAACUAAGUGAUGUCCAAUGGUCAAAUAUGCAAAGACAAUCAAUCAUCAUUUCAUCAUUAAUAAUUGCAGGUUUAAUUAUUUAUUGCAUUCUGCAAUACAUGUAUUUCCAUUCAAGAGCAUCUUCAUAUAGAGCUGCUUUAUUUGUUAUCAAGAGAUUUAAUCCAUAUGCUCUCUUAAACAACAAAGAUUUCAGCAGAGUAUUUUUGAAAGAAAAAGAAUAUUUAUAUGGAGAGAAAUUGACUCUCGAAGCAUCAAUUAUUAAGAACGCUCAUGAAGCAAUAUUCCUUACUAAUGCAUAUGGAAUUGUUGAAGUUACUAAUUAUGCCGUUAAUACAUUAUUGGGAUACAAUCCAGAGCAAAUAUUAGGUCAAUCAAUUACAACAUUUUUAUGUGAAAAUAAUGUUGAAGAUGUGAAAAACAAAAUGGAAAUGAUGAGAAACAAACAGAUAUCAUUAUACAGCGAAGCAAAUUAUUCUGUAAUCAAUGAUUGCUCUUCAUGUAUUCCUGUUAAUUGCAGCAUUAUCGGAAUGAAUUAUAAUUCUGAUACUGUAAAUUCAUUUGUUUUCAUUAUGAGAAAUGUUCAGUCAUUACUUGACAGGAAAAAGGAAGCUGAAAUAGAAAAAGCAAAGAGUGAGAAGUUGUUAUAUCAAAUCAUGCCAAGAGAUAUUGUUGUAAGAAUCAAUAACGGAGAAUCAGAUAUCAGUUUCUCUGUUCCUUUUGCAACAAUAAUAUUCAUUGAUAUCAACAAAUUCUCUGAAUAUUCUUCGAAUUUAUCGCCUCAAGAUAUUAUGUCAAAUUUGUCAUUUUACUUUGCAGAAAUUGACAGAAUUGCAUCAAAAUAUGAGAUGCUGAAUAAGAUCAAACUCAUUGGUGACAUUUAUAUGGCAGCAUGCGGUUUGUUCCAUCCAAACAUCGAACCAAUUCAUCAUGCAGAAGAUACUAUCAAAUUUGCGCUUGAAGUUGUUGAUGAAAUCGACAACAUCAACAGAUGCUUGGAGAGCCAUUUAAGCAUAAGAAUUGGAGUUAACUCAAGUGGUCCUGUGAUUGCAGGUGUUUUAGGAUCAGACAAACCAUUAUUUGAUAUCAUUGGAGAUCCAAUUAAUGUUGCUGCACGAUUACAAUCAACAGGAAGUCCAAAUCAGGUUCACGUAAGUCAAGCAACAUAUGAACUUCUUAAAGAUACUGAUUUCUAUAUAUCAAAGGUCGGUGAUACAUUUUUGAAAGGAAAAGGAGUUCAAACAACUUAUGUCGUUUCGAAUCCUAUAUUCUGCAGAGUUAAUUUGAAGAAGAAAGACUAA